AUGCCUAAAUCGGAUGAUCCACGUAAAAUACACAUGGAUGAAGCGAAAAGACGUGCAGGAAUUCCAGUUGAAUUUGACAAACUUCUUAUUGAUUCAUUGAAACUAGCAUUUCAGAAGGAAGAUAUUGAUUUUGAUGAUGAUGCCAUGUUACUUGAAUGUUACGAAAAACAUAACAAAACUCUUCAGGAAAAUAUACCAUCUGAACGUCUUUUGGUAUAUCAUAUUGGAGAUGGUUGGGAACCAUUGUGUAGAUUCUUGAAUGUGGAUGUACCAGCUAAUAUACCAUUUCCCGAGACCAAUCAUCAGGCUGACCUGCAAAAGCUAAGGGAUUUGACGAAGAAAUUUGGAUCGAUUGAAGAAGUUGCUAGAAUUCAUCCAGGAAUUGUAUAA